AUGCCGAUACUCUUCCCCAAGAUUUUGAUCACUCUAGUCUUCUUGCUGUUAGUGUUAUCUAAUUCAGAUGCACAGUUUGAGGACUACUGCAUAGCAGACGAGCAAACCCCGGAUGAUGAGCUGUUGGCAGCUGUGAAGUGGGCAUGUGGCAAUGGGGCUGAUUGUCGUCCGAUCCAAGAGAAUCAACCGUGCUAUCUGCCCAACACGCUAAAGGACCACGCGUCUUAUGCGUUUAAUAGUUACUAUCAGAAUAUGAAGCACAGAGGAGGGAGUUGCUAUUUCAAUGCAGCGGCUGUUUUAUCUUCUCUUAAUCCUAGCCAUGGCUCAUGCAAGUUUGACAAUCUCCCCUGA